AUGGUUUUUAAUUAUAAAAAAGUAGUACAUCUUUCAGAAGUGUAUAAAGUUUUAAAUGAACUUGAAAAAUUUCAAUCUAUUAACAAAAAUGUUGAACUUAAUUUUGCUAUUGAAAAAUUAACGAAAAAAUUUAGGAAAAAUCUUAUAAAAGCAUUAAUAGAUAUAAAUGAUUUAUAUAAUGGUACUUUAAUGAAUAAUGAAAAAACAUAUCAUCAAAAGGUUGAUGAAGCAAAUUUUGUUACAUUAAAUCUAUUUAAAGAAAAUAUAGAAGAAGAAAAAAUAGAACACAUUGUUUUUGAGAAAGGUCAAACGGGUUUAGGUUUAUCAAUCACUGGAGGACUUGAUCAACCAAUUGCUCCAAAUGAUUCACAUAUUUAUGUUACAAAUAUUACACCUGAUGGAGCUGUGGCAAAUGAUGGAAGAAUGGAGGUAUUUGAUAUAAUAUUAAAAGUAAAUAAUAUUGAUAUAACUUCUGUACCUCAUAGUGUUGCUGUAAAAGCUUUAAAGGAUUCAGGAAAUAUUGUAAAAUUAGAUGUAAAGAAAAAUAAUAAUUUUAAUAAUAAAAAAAAUCAAAUCAUGAAUAUAUCUGAAUCAUUAAUAAAUGGUAGUAAAAAAGAAGAAAGAAUAAAAAAAGUUGUAUUUCAUAAAUCUUCUGAAGGUUUAGGUUUUUCAAUUACUGGAGGAAUAGGAAAUGAACAUAUUCCUGGAGAUAAUGGUAUAUAUAUUACAAGAAUUAUAGAAGGUGGAGCAGCUUCUCUUGAUGGAAGAAUAAAAGUAGGUGAUAAAAUUAUUUCUGUUGAUGGUGUAUCAUUACAAAAUGUUUCACAUGAUUUUGCUGUCAAAACAUUAAAAUCAACAGGAAAUAAAGUUACCUUACGAUAUUGCAGUAAUAAUUCUCUUGUUACACAAAGUUAUAACAGUUGUUCAACAGAAAAUAAUCAACCAAGAUCUUUAACAUUGAUAAAAAAUAAUCAAGGACUUGGUUUUAAUAUUGUUGGUGGAGAAGAUGGUGAACCUAUAUUUAUAUCUCAUGUAUUACCAGGAGGAGUUGCUGAUCAAUCUGGAGGACAUAUCCAAAAAGGUGAUGUUCUUUUAGAGGUUAAUGGAAUAUCUUUAGAACAUUCUUCUCAUUCAGAAGCAGCACAAACAUUAAAAAAUUCUUUAAAUCCAGUUAAUUUAACUCUUCAAUAUAGACCAAAUGAAUAUGAAGCAUUUGAAAAAAAAUUAGAACAACUUCGAAAUGAUAUGAUUUUAGUUGGAAAUAAUAGUAAAUAUUUAGAAGAAAUAGUAUCAGAAGGUGAAGUGUUUGUAAAAGCUUUGUUUGAUAAUGACUUUUCUUCCCCUCAAAAUAGAAUGCUUCCUUUUCAGUAUGGUGAUAUUUUACAUUUAAUUAGUGUCAAUGAAAAUGAUGAUUGGUGGUCUGCUGAAAAAGUUAAUUUUUCUGGUGAAAGUAUAUCUGAAAAAGGUUUAAUUCCAUCAAAAAAAAAAGUUGAAAAAAAAGAAAAACAAAGAAGAAGAAAAGAAUUUAAUAAUAAUAAAAAAAUGAAUUAUAAUUUAGAAGUAAAAAAAAAGUUUUCUAAGGAUUCAUAUUGGAAAGAGGUUAGACGUCAUAGAGAAGAUUAUACAGGUACAGAUUUUACAACAACAGAAGAUGAUAGUGAUAGUGAUAGAUAUUCUCUAACACAAAAUGAAACCAUUUUUACUUAUCAAACAGUUAAAUUGCACCAUAUAACAUAUAAACGACCAGUUGUCAUUCUUGGAAUAUUAAAAGAUCGUAUAAUUGAUGAAUUAGUAACAAAAUAUUCAGAUAAUUUUGCACUUUCAAUUCCUCAUACAUCACGCCUCCCACGAGAAAAUGAAGUAGAUGGAAAAGACUAUUAUUUUGUUAGUAAAGAACAAAUGGAACGUGAUGUUAAGAGUAAUAAUAUUUUUAUUGAAGCUGGACAAUUUCAAAAUAAUCUUUAUGGUACUAGUAUAGCAUCAAUAAUAGAUGUUGCAAAUACUGGUAAACAUUGUAUUUUAGAUGUCAGUGGAAAUGCAAUUAAAAGACUUGAAACACAAGCAAAUAUACAUCCAAUUGCUAUAUUUGUUAGACCAAAAAAUUUCUAUCAAUUAAUAGAAUGGGAUGUUUCUUUAUUAGAAGAGGAUGCUAAAGAAAUAUAUAAAAGAAUAUUAAAAAUUGAAAAGACAUUCAAAGAUCAUUUUACAACAAUUAUUACAGGCCCUUCUUUUGAUAAUAUUUUAGAAAAAAUUAAAGAAGUUAUUUAUUAUAACUCACAGUCAUAUGCCUGGAUACCAACUAAAAACAUUAAAUUUUAA